GUUUUCCAGCAAUGAGGUUCUGCACAUUGGCAUCACAAGUCCUUAUCUGCUACCUCAGUCUCCUUGCCUUCAGAGGAAAGCCAUUGUUGGUUGCAGUCCAUGCUGAUUCUGAUCCCGCUCCAGUGCUUGACAUCAAAGGUCAUAAUAUCCAAACUGGGGUUGAGUAUUGGAUCUUACCUGUCAUUCGUGGGAGAGGUGGGGGGCUAACACUAGCCACCACUGGCAAUAGAAAUAGAAGCAUCUGCCCACUUGAUGUUGUUCAAGAGCAACAAGAGGUAUCUAAUGGUCUUCCACUCACAUUUUCGCCUGUGAAUCUGAAGAUAGGUGUCGUUCGCCUAUCCACUGAUCUCAAUAUCAAGUUCUCUACAUCUGCAGCUGUAACUAUCUGUCUGAACACUUCGAAGGUUUGGAAGUUAGACAACCUUGAUGAAUCAACAGGGCAACGGUUUGUCACGACUGGUGGCGUAGAAGGCAAUCCCGGCCCUAAAACUAUAAGCAAUUGGUUCAAGAUUGAGAAAUAUGAUAAGGACUACAAGCUCGUCUUUUGCCCCACAGUAUGUAAUUUCUGCAAGGUUAUAUGCGGUGAUGUUGGCAUUUAUCUUGAAGGCGGGGUCAGGCGUCUGGUUCUAAGUAAAGUACCACUCAAAGUCAUGUUCAAGAGAGUCUGAGCUGACUUAGAUCAGAAUCAUCAGAUGCUUUUGUACUUUUAAUUUCAGUUAACUAUGUGAUAAUAAGACAGCUACAAGUGUUGCCUGUUAACUAAUCUAUCUAUGCUUGGAUCAUUAUACUAGUUCUGAACUUCUGAUAACAGUCUAUUUUAAUAGUGCAAAGUGAGGGUCAUGUUUCCAAAACAAUACAGAUGG